CACAAGGAUCUGUACAAGGAGGCCAUGAUGGAGGAGCACCAGCCUCUUAUAUCACAAGAAAUUCUAAGUAAGAAUUCCGAGGAUAACGUCAUGUUACGAAAUGAUAAAGUAGAAGACGAAGAUAUAAUGCAGCACUCUUCAGGAGAAAACCUUAAUUUACAUCUAGGACUUCACAGUACAGAAUUAUCAUAUAAUGAGGAACCUUUUCCUGAACAAUCGCAUGUUGUUAUCACAGGUACAGCUCAGAAAGGGGGUAAAAGACUUCAGUGUGGUAAACAGUUCACAAAAAGCUUGGACCUUUCUACACAAAGAACUCACACAGAGGAGAAGCUAUACUCCUGUUCAGAAUGUGGAAAUACUUUUAUACAAAAAUCAGAUCUUGUCAACCAUGAGCGAAUUCACACAGGAGAGAAACCAUAUUCAUGUUCAGAAUGUGAGAAAUGUUUUACACAAAAAUCAGAUCUUGUUAAACAUCAAAGAUUUCACACAGGAGAGAAUCCAUAUUCGUGUUCAGAAUGUGGGAAACGUUUUACACAUAAAUCAGCCCUUUAUAUUCAUCAAAGAUUUCACACAGGAGACAAACCAUUUAUAUGUUUAGAAUGUGGGAAAUGUUUUACACGGAGCACAAAUCUUAUUGCACAUGAGAGAAUUCACACAGGAGAGAAGCCAUAUUCAUGUUCAGAAUGUGAGAAAUGUUUUACAAAUCUAAGUUUUGAUCUGAUCCUGAUCAGGUAUUUACCUAACGUGUCCCCUGAUGAGCCCAACGAUAGUACAGGUGAAAUGCGCCGGGACGAUGACGUGAUAAAUCAACACGGCGUCUUCUUGGUAUAA